AUGGCUAGAAAUUUUGAUGAUAUGUUUAAUGAAGCAUUGUAUGGCAAAAGAAGACGGCAAGAUAACAUACUUAUAGAUAAUUGGAUCGAUGAGUGUUUACUCGAAGAUUCAGAAGAAGAAGAUAUCGAUAGAAGCUCUAUCCCAACUACUCGUAGAUGGAUCAACAGAGAUCGAGAAGCAGGACAUGAUCGCCUUUUCCAAGAUUACUUUGCAGAUGAACCGAGGGUUGAUGCAACUGGAAGAAGAGACUUGUCACCACUCCAAAAAUGUACCGUUGCGAUACGGAUGUUAGCAUAUGGCGUAGCAGCUGAUGCUAUUGAUGGUUAUGUGCGCAUAGGCGAGAGCACUACAAUUGAAUGCUUGGAAAAAUUUAUUGAAGGUGUCAUUUCGGUGUUCGAGGAUGAAUACUUGCGAAAAUCCAAUCCAAAUGACGUAGCAUUGACUGCAUGCAUUGUAUUUGAGGUUGUAGCAUCUUCAGACCUUUGGAUAUGGCAUGCGUUCUUUGGAGUUUCUGGUUCAAAUAAUGAUAUCAACGUGUUAGAUCGUUCUCUAGUGUUUGAUGAUAUUCUAAAUGACCGUACUCCGGAGAUAAAUUAUACUAUUAAUGGUAAUAAUUAUACUAUGGGAUACUAUUUAGCAGAUGGUAUUUAUCCUGAAUGGGCCACAUUUGUCAAAUCAAUCUCAAAGUCACUAGGGAAGAAACGCAAGUUAUUUGCACAAUACCAAGAAGGGCAAAGAAAAGAUGUGGAGCGAGCAUUCGGAGUGUUGCAAGCACGCUUUGCAAUUAUACGUGAUCCAGCUCGUUUUUGGGAAAAGAAGAAGCUUGCCAACAUAAUGAGAGCUUGUAUUAUAUUUCAUAAUAUGAUUGUUGAGGAUGAAAGAGACGCUUAUGCAGGAAAUUUUGCUCAAGACUUAGAGUAUGAUGAUGUCGAAAAUGGUUUAUCACAACCUUAG